UCCUUUUCUUUUAUUCCAUUCUCUCUCUGUUUCUUCGUGUGUUUUGAUUCCUUUGGUAAAAAAAAUCUCAUCUUUUUCUCUUCUUUGUUUUCAUUUUCUGGCUGAUUUUAGCCAAAGGCAACAGUUUUCCAUGCUCUGGCUCUGCUUACUUUGACUUGGAUUGAUCUGUUUUUGUUCUGUUUUGAGCCAUUCUCAUAAAAAACUAGCCAUUUUCUCACUUGGGUUGUUUUGAUUUUGCUUCGAAACCCCUUAUUCUGUUCUGAUUACAAAUGGGGUUCUCCAAAAAACCACAAGUAGAUGGAGUAUUAGACUCUGAAGGGAAGAAAUGGGUGAUAGCCGGAAUCCUCAUAAGAACUUCGUUGAAGCCAAUAAACACGAAACCAAGAGGAAAAGAAAGUGAAGAAGAUGAAGAUGAAGCUUGUUCAACAACUCCAACUUCAAAAGAAGCAAGAAUACCAAGCAAAUUACCUUGUCCUCCAGCUCCAAUAAAGCGUAGGCCUCCCUUAAGAUGUCACUAUAAUGGAGUUAGGGAGUUCUUCACUCCUCCUGAUUUGGAAACAGUAUUCAAGCCCCAUGUUGAGAGAGCAAAUUGAGUUUGAAAUUAGUUCUUGUUAGAGUAAAAGUUUGAGUUUUAGGUUAGGAGGUUUUGUUGUGCUUUUUUAUGGGUCUUUUUGCAUUAGUAACUCUUUCUCUAAGCCAAAAUAGUGGAGAGGAGUUUGAAGGUGUACAAAGAUAUGAUAUUUUUAGCAAAUGAAUAGUGUAGUUUAGUUUAGUUCAGUUCAGUUGAAGUUUUUUUUUUUUUUUUCUUUUGAUAAUACUACUGGCUAGUAGUUCAUCCUUCAUACUUUAUCUCUGACUUGGUGCUUGUAAUGGCUUGUACUGGAAUGGUUUGGAUUAUGUUGCUUCUUGUACUGUUUUAGAUGCUUGAAUUGAAGCUUGAAGAUUACAAGAUUGAUGGUGAUAUUCAAAUGAAAAGUUUUGUUUUUUGGUUAAAAUUAUUGGAGGUUUUGGUUUGGUGAUUCAAGUUUA